AUGAAGAAGUGGCCCUCGAAUUCCAUGAUUGCAGAUGACUCCAAAGAGAAUCAAUCGCAAAAUGCAUUUGAUGUGUGUCUUGCAAAUGAUCCUAUUUCUCGUCGUAUUUUGGCGGAAAAGCGACGUCCACUUGGAGAUGUUUUUAUACUUCCUAUGGCAAAACCAGCGAAAGACCUCAAUGAAUAUGAAUUUUGUAGUGAUACCGAGAAUCAGAAGGAACAGAUUGCCACUCCUGCACGUCAGAUGGAACAUACUCCAUUAGCCAGCACUACGCAGAGCGUUCGUUCUAUAAAAAGCAAUCCGAUGUCUUCAUCGAACACUCCUCGUCUUUCCCAUCGCAAACGGGCUCGGCUCAGAAGGCUAUUUGAAGCUGAGAUAGAUGUCCACCACCCUCAAAGUGACGAUGAUCAAGAGUUUAUUCCGUUAUUGUCCACAUCGGAAUAUGAAUCUCUUCUCAGAGAAAAGCCUACACUUGAAAUGAGUCUGCGUCCUCGAAAAGAGAUUUGGGCUGAUGAAGAUGAAUUGCCACUAUAUGACAUCCAGUCAAUCAUGCGUAUGGAUAGCCUGGAUAAUGAGACGAGUUCAAAGCUGGAUAAACGCGACGUGGAAAAAGAGCCUCAGAAAAACCCUCCAACCGAUGACGAUUGUGCUGAUUUCGCAUUUCUUCCGAGCUCAUUUCACCCUACAAAGGAUGACAGGCGAACUCCAAAACGCUCUCGAAAUGCUCUUGAAAGAGGUGGUUCAAGGAAGAAUAUCGAUCGAAUGACAAGUUCUGCCAGGAAGGCUUCAGCCAAGUAA